AUGUCACAGGCGUCAUCAACCAAAACUGAAACGGAGAGAGGAGAGCCGGCUCCAGGCGUGAAGUCACAGGAGCGACAGCCCAUUCGCCUCCAAGUCGGCGAAACAGUCUUCAGCACUACCCAUCAUACUCUUUGCAAAGAGAGCACGUACUUCCAGUGUCUUCUGUCUGAUAGAAACCAGCAGCUCACAAAUGGAAGCUAUUUUGUGGACGCGGAUCCUGAGCUGUUUUCAUACAUACUCCGAUACCUCCGACACGGCAUCUAUCCCGUUUCCUUCAGCAGGAGCAGUGGCCACGAUUAUGCAACAUAUCUGGGCAUCGAGCGACUUGCAACUGAACUCCGCAUAGAGAGGCUGACGAAAUGGCUUGUCGACAAGCAGUACGAAUCUGCGAUCAAGUGCGCUGUGUCUUUCGAACGAAUGAAGCCAUCGAUGUUCAACUGGCUGUCUGACACCCUUCCACCGAGAUUAUACCUCUCAACGGAUCACGUCAACUUUCUCCCAGAUAGCAACGGUCGGGUUUGGGAGGUCAAGAAGAGGUUCAUGGUCAGGCCAGAGGCUUUCCUUACCGAACCACAGGGAUCACGCUCAACGCAGGUUGUGCAGUGGUUGCGGGCGUCACAAGACACACAACUCCCGCCCACUCAGCCAAUGGGUUUGACAGGCGAAGACUCAUGGAAUAUUUCACUCGGGGAUGUGCAAUAA